GCUCCCGCGGGGCCGCGCCGGGCCGGGGGCCGCGGCGGGAACGUUGCGGGGGGGUCUGAGAGUCCGGAGUUGGGGACCCCGAGGGCAGCGAGGAUUCCCCGUGGGAUGGAGAGCGAAGCAGCAGCGGGGCCCUGCAGCCCCCCAGCCCAAGGAGGAGGGCAGGGGGGUGGCAGCGGGGCAGCCGGGGGGCUGUCCAGCUCCAGCAGCCGCUGGGACCCCCCCACGGGCCGCGGGGACGGGCCCACGGGAGCGGCGGUGGUCAUCAACACGACCUUCGAGGGGGACCCACCACCCUACUCGCCCCCGGACCCUAAGAGCGUUCAUCUCCUCUACCCGCCCUUCCCGGCUGGAUUCUCCCAACAAGCACCCGUCGUCUACCAGCCGGGGCCAGGACCUGGACCCUUCCCACCCCAGGGCGUCUCGCCCACCCCUCUGCCCUACACCAUCUACCCGGGGCAGCCGAGCGCGGGGCCCUCGCCCACCCCCCGUGGGCAGCCCCUGCCCAAGGACUACAUGGUGGAGUCGGUGCUGGUGACAGUUUUCUGCUGCCUGCUGACCGGGCUCAUCGCCCUUGUCUACUCGCACGAGACCCGUGCUGCGCUCAGCCGUGGGGACGUGGCUCAGGCGACCGUGGCAUCCAGAAAGGCCCAGUCACUGGUCCUCUUCAGCCUCCUCUUCGGGUUGUUUGCCUCCAUCAGCUGGGUGGUCUACGUCCUGGUGUCCCUGUACCUAUGACAGGGCCCCGGGCCCCAGGGACACGGCGCGUGCCAGGGGCUCCUUGCCAUGGGGGCAGGAGGAGUGGCCACAGCCCCCGAGUGGCAUCGCCCGGGCUGCUGUGGGAAACUGGGGGGACCACAAGAGUGUUAUUGGGGCCAAGGAGCAGUGUCCAUCCUUCCUGGUGGGUGAGGAGCAGCUCUGGAGCUGCAGGUGCCUUGGCUUGUCUGCACUCAGCCCCCUGAACCGUGGCACGGGCAGAACGGACCCAGCACCGUGCCCCUGCUGGAGCCAAGGAGCUGUCAGAGCAGCAGCACCACGUCCAGGAUCAGGCUCUGCUGUGGGAUGUUGAAUCCAGUUUCUGUGGACUCUGUCGUGAGGGCAAUGGGUCUGGAGAUGGAGGAAAUGGCCCAGGCCUAAAGGAGAGGCCGAGGCAUGUGGCUCCUCCACUGCCAGCUGCUGCUCUGGGCAUGUGAGAAGCCCUCACCUGUAAUUCCUAAUGUGAGAAGAAAUAAACCCACCCAUUUAGCUCCUAUGGUGAUUGUGCUCACACAAAUACACACACACGCUGUGUGGCCACCUUCUUGCUGCUUCCAGAUUGAAAUAAAACACGGGUGUCGCCAAA